AGAACACAGUAAUUACGCUCCACUCUAUCUUCACAACAGGAAGAGCAAAGCCCAGCGAAGGCAUCGUAGAACCCAGAAACACAAUCCUCCUAGGCUCUACUGCAAUCUCACUCUCCGCCGAGCGGCUCAUUUCUCCCCCCAGAAGACCUUUUUCCGGUAAAAACAAUGCUUCUCCAGCCGUCUCUGUAUCAACCCAAGAUUUCUAUCUCCUACUCUAGCUCCUUCCCAUGGAGAACAUCCAACUUCACCCCUCGCCGGUCUCUCGUUCAUCGCACACUUCCAAUCACUUGCUCCAUCUCAGAAGUUAACAGCAGUGGAACUGUUGAUUUCAAGAGGAGACCUCUAAUCAACUGGAACGGCGUCUACAGAAGCAUUUCGUUAAUGGAGAACCCUGAUUUGGGCGCCGGUACCGUGUUGGCGCUGUGCGAUAAAGAAGGGAAGAAGCUCACCAAAUGGGAGCUCUGCAGGGUCGUCAAGGAAUUGCGGAAGUACAAACGAUUCAAGCAGGCCCUUGAGGUUUAUGAUUGGAUGGUUAGCAAAGGAGAGAAAUUUAGGCUAUCUGCUAGUGACGCUGCAAUUCAGGUGGACCUUAUAGCCAAAGUUCAUGGAGUUUCUGCUGCCGAAGAAUACUUCCAGGGUGUUUCUGAUACUUUGAAGGAUAGAAGGAUCUAUGGAGCUCUGCUCAAUGCUUACGUUAAGCAUAAAGAGAAGGAAAAGGCCGAAACACUGUUUGACAAAAUGAGAGUAAAAAACUAUGCAGGCCAUGCACUUCCUUUCAAUGUGAUGAUGACCCUGUACAUGAAUCUGAAGGAGUAUGAUAAGGUCGACAAAUUGAUCUUCGAAAUGAAAGAGAAAAACAUCCAGCUGGAUAUAUAUUCCUACAACAUAUGGUUGUCCUCUCGUGGUUCCGAAGGUGCUAUAGAGAAGAUGGAGCAGGCGUUUGAGCAAAUGAAACUGGAUCAGUAUGUUACUGCUAACUGGACUACCUACAGCACGAUGGCGACAAUGUACCUAAAGAUGGGACUCAAGGAGAAAGCUGAAGAUUGCUUGAAGAAGGUCGAGGAAAGGAUCACUGAGCGUGAUAGGAUGCCUUACCAGUAUCUCUUGAGUUUGUACGGUAAUGUCGGUAAGAAAGCAGAAGUUAUCCGUGUUUGGAACACUUACAAAUCGAAUUUCCCCAAUAUCCCUAAUCUGGGAUACCAUGCUGUGAUCUCGUCGCUGGUCCGGUUGGGCGACAUUGAAGCUGCAGAGGACAUGUAUGAUGAAUGGAUGCAAAUCAAGACAUCUUAUGACCCCAGAAUUGCAAAUCUGCUUAUGGCUUCUUACGUUAAAGAUGGAAACUUUGACAGAGCCGAGAGUCUGUUUCACGAUAUAACCGAAGCAAGAGCAAAGCCUAACUCCAGUAGUUGGGAAAUUCUUGCUGAAGGUCAUGUGAGGGAGAAGAGAGUUGCUGAAGCUUUGACUUGCUUGAAGGAAGCUCUUGAUUUCGACCCAUCAAAGAGGUGGAAGCCAAAGCCUGCAAUUGUUUCUUCCUUCUUUAAGGUUUGUGAGGAGGAAGGGGACUUGGCCAGUAAGGAGGUACUCGAAAGUUUAUUCAGGCAGUUGGGAUUCCUUGUUGAUAAAAAUUAUGCCUCUCUUAUCGGUUUGUCCAGCAGUGAUGGGAACGGCUAUGAAGGAGAUGAAGACGCUGAAGACUCAGAGGUGCUUCUAAACCAGCUGCAGUCUAGUGUUUGAAAUGUUUAGACGUUUGGGUGCCCAGUGUAAUUUUACCGAAGGAGGAUGCUUAACUCACUAUGAAAGCUGAAAGGUGGAAUCUUGUAGUUGUAGGUCUUGCAGAAGAGUUUGUGAUUCGUGCACAACGCACACCUAUCAAUAGAAAGUCAAUACACAAAGCUUUGACAAGCGAAGGACUUGACCAUGUAUGUUUUUCAAUAUUUCUCUUUGGAGAGGUUAGGGAAGAGCAACUGCAAGCGUACCGUGAACCACCUCUUAUUUCUCCCCUUGCAUGGUUUGGCAACCGAAUUUUUGUUUACAUAUUCUUAUAACUCAUUUGAUAUAAUUUAGUAAGUAAAAUAUAAUUACUCUUUCUAUAUUUCCGGGAUAAACUUGACUAAAACGG